AUGGCGUACGAUACGUCGUCGGGGUACGCCGCGCCCGGCACGAGCAACUUUCAGGAUGGCGAUGCGGCGCUUCCCAUGUUCAACAUUGAGCGCGUGUCGCUGCAAUUCUCCGUAGCUUCAGACUUUGUCGCCGCCGCAGUCGCAAACAAUGUCCUAAUCCUUGCGCUGUCCACGGGGCGCAUUCUGCGGAUAGACCUCGACAGUCCCGCCGAUAUCGAUGAUAUCGACCUGCCCAAGAAGACGUCUGAAAUCGGCGUCAUCAAACGAUUAUUCCUCGACCCGUCCGCCUCUCAUCUCAUCAUCACCACUACCCUCGCCGAGAACUUCUACCUCCACACCCAGUCGCGGAACCCCAAGGCGUUAUCCAGAUUGAAAGGCGUCGCUAUCGAGAGCAUAUCAUGGAAUCCUUCCCAGCCGACUGCCUCGACCAGAGAGAUCUUGGUUGGCGCAGCCGACGGGAACGUCUACGAAGUCUACAUCGAGCCGUCAUCCGAGUUCUACCGCCGAGAAGAGCGAUAUCUGAAAGGCGUUUACAAGACCAACGAUGGGCCCAUCACAGGGCUGUGGACGGACAUUGUGCCUGGGAGGAACGACCUGCGACGCGUCAUCAUCGCAACACCGUCGACAUUUCUGCAUUUCGCCGGCAAGGUCGGGCGAAAUGGGCAUGAAGGUGGUGGCUCCAUUUUCUCGAAACUCUUCGAGAGCGAAUCGGCCACGGUACACGAAAUCGCAAACGUCGCGCCUACCGCUACUUCGCUCCUCGCCGUAUCACCCGAAAUCGAAGAAACGCCGUCCUCCGACCACACAUAUGCGGAAAGAAUAUUUGGUUGGCUUACCUCCCAAGGUGUUCUCCACGGGAAGUUGCUUUUGUCGUCGGACACAUCUGAGCUGGGUGGCAGAGUCCUCAACGAGUCCAAGAUGCUGCCUAGAUCGCAGAUACCACCCUCACAAACCGCCAGCGGACGCACCAGGCGAACGCAAGACUCUGUCACUUCCAUGAUACUCAGUCAAUGGCACAUUCUGCAACUUAUCGACGGAAGAAUAGUAGCUACUAAUCGACUGGACGACACAAUCGUGCUAGAUCAAGUGGUGUUGGAGCCCGGCCAGACUGCGGUAGGCCUAGUAGCAGACAUCAAGAAGAACACAUAUUGGCUCUUCACAAACCAGGAAAUUUUCGAGGUCGUCAUUACAGAUGAGAACCGAGACGUGUGGAAGAUCAUGUUAAGGGCGCAGCAAUUCGAAGCGGCAUCUCAAUAUGCAAAGACCGCAGCACAAAAGGAUGCUGUAGCAACAGCGUCUGGCGAUUACUUGGUCGCCAAAGGACAAUAUUCAGAGGCCGCCGCUGUGUAUGGCCGAAGUACCAAGCCUUUCGAGCAAGUAGCGCUUACGUUCAUCGACAAGGGGGAGCAAGAUGCUUUGCGCAAGUAUCUACUUACAAAGCUUACAACUCUGAAGAAGGCCUCCAUCAUGCAGCGAAUCAUGGUCGCCACAUGGCUCACUGAGAUCUAUAUGGCCAAACUCAACACACUGGACGACACAAUUACCACGAAAGCGGAGCUUUCUGAAAGCAUGAACACCGCUGAGACUCGAGAUCAGUUGUCAGUCAUUAGGAAAGAAUAUCAAGAGUUCGUUACCAAGUACAAGUCUGAUUUAGAUCGAAAGACAGUCUACGAAAUCAUCAGCAGCCACGGAAGAGAAGAAGAGCUGCUCUACUUUGCUACGGUCAUCAAUGACUACAAUUACGUCCUCGCCUAUUGGGUGCAACGAGAGCGAUGGCGGGAGACGCUCGAUGUACUCAAGAAGCAAACUGAUCCUGAGGUCUUCUACAAGUAUAGCAGCGUACUCAUGGCACAAGUGCCUGUGGAUCUUGUGGAAAUCAUGAUGCGGCAGACGAAUCUGGAGGCUCAAAAGCUCAUCCCUGCAUUCCUCAAUUACAACAACAUCACUAAAGUCCCGUUGAACCAGAACCAGGCCGUGCGAUACCUGCUGUUUGAAAUCAACCAGCAUCAAUCAACCGAUGCAGCCAUUCACAAUACGCUGAUCUCCAUAUACGCUUCACAUUUCACCAGCGAUGAAUCGGCGCUUCUUGCAUACCUUGAAGGACAGUCGAUGGCUCACGAGCAAAACUACGACGCCGAUUUCGCCCUGCGCCUUUGCAUCCAACACAACCGUGUGCAAUCCUGCGUCCACAUAUACAGUUCCAUGGGACAGUAUGUGCAGGCCGUCGACCUAGCUCUCAAAUACGACGAAAUUGAUCUUGCAAGCAACGUAGCAGAUCGCUCCAAUACCGAGUCUGCUUUGCGCAAGAAACUGUGGCUGGCCAUUGCGAAGAAAGUGAUUUCGCAAUCGUCAGGAAUCAAGACGGCCAUUGAGUUCCUAAGGAGGGUAGAUUUGCUACGGAUCGAGGAUUUAAUUCCUUUCUUCCCGGAUUUCGUCGUAAUCGACGACUUCAAAGACGAAAUCUGCUCUGCCCUGGAAGACUACUCGCGCAAGAUCGACGAGUUGAAGCUUGAGAUGGACGAGUCUGAAGAAACAGCCGUGCACAUCAAGACGGACAUCAAAGCCCUGGAGCAACGAUACGCCAUCGUAGAGCCGGGCGAACGGUGCUACGUCUGCGGUCUGCCCCUACUCGCUCGCCAAUUCUUCGUGUUUCCGUGCCAGCACGCUUUCCAUAGCGAUUGCCUUGCUAAGAAGGUUGUUGAGCUCGCAGGCAUGGCAAAGGGCAAACGUCUGGGCGAGUUGCAGAUGGAGGUCAGCAAAGGUACGAGCACGGGUGCGAAGAGGGAGAAGGCGAUCAGGGAGUUGGAUGCCCUGGUUGGGUCAUCUUGUGUGCUGUGUAGUGAAUUGGCUGUCAAGCUUAUCGAUGAGCCCUUCAUAUCGGCCAUGGAUGACAAAGAGGAAUGGGCUUUGUAG